AUAAAUCCCAGCUGUUUAGGAAGUCAUAUCAUACAUCUAUAUCUAUAUAUAUAUAGAGACAGAUAAUCUAUUUUAUAUAACACUAUACUUGAUAGAAAUGGCAACCACCACUACAAAUGAUCUGAAGGGUAAGGUUGAGAUAGAUAUUGAUAUCAAGGCACCUCCUACCAAGUUCUACCACAUGUUCAAGAAAACUGCUCACCACGUUCCUCACUGCGCCGGUAACCACAUUCAAGGAGUUGAUGUCCAUGAAGGUGAUUGGGAGAGUCAUGGCUCUAUUAAGGUCUGGAAAUACACAGUAGAUGGAAAAGAGGAGUCGUUCAAGGAGAAGGUGGAAUUAGAUGAUGAGAACAAUAAGGUGACUCUGAUUGGAAUUGAAGGAGAUGUGUUCAAGCAUUACAAGUGCUUCAAGCCUGUGUACCAUGCGGUUCCCAAGGGCGAGGGUAGCUUGGUCAAACUCAGCAUCGAGUAUGAGAAGCUCGAUGCGUCUGUUCCACCUCCAAACAAGUACCUCGACAUGAUGGUUGGCAUCACCAAAGAUAUCGAUUCCCACUUUGAAAAGGGUGCCCCUGUUCCCUCUACAAGGACUGUGAUUUGGUGAAAAAGGAAUUGAAGAAAGGGCGGACCAUAUAUAGUUUGUUAAUUGUGUGUGAAGAAAUUAAUAAGGAUAAUUUAUAUUAUCCAUUAUGCAUGAUAACUAGUCACUGGAACUUUAUCUGCUUUGUCUAGUAGUACUUUUACUUUUAAUAAGCUAUAUAUUGGUAUCUAUUUUCAUGUAAACAGAGCUUGCUUUGGUGUCUUUUUUUAGUUGGUUUUGGUGAUACCAAACCACUAUAAUAAGCUCUUAGUUUGUAUCUUUAUAAUUUGGUCAUCAUCAAUGAAGUUACCGUUAUGAUUUGUAUUAUCA